AUGAAGCUGUUGAUCGUAGCCUCGCUGGCGGCUCUGACCGAGAACGGCAUCUCACGUAACGAGAACGGCAGCCCCAAGGACGGCUACGGCAAAUCCGAGUACGGCCAGCCCACCGGCGGCUACGUCCAGCAGGGCGGCUGGAGCUACAGCGACGGCUACGACCACCCCAUCCAGCCCUUCGCCAUCCUCAGCGAGGAGAACGUCCACCCGAGCGACGGCACCUACCAGUUCAGCUUCCAGACCGAGAACGGCAUCUCACGUAACGAGAACGGCAGCCCCAAUGCCGGCUACGGCAAAUCCGAGUACGGCCAGCCCACCGGCGGCUACGUCCAGCAGGGCGGCUGGAGCUACAGCGACGACUACGGCCACACCAUCCAGGUGGCGUUUGUUGCCGACGAGAACGGCUACCAGCCGUCUAGCGACAUC